AUGGGUAAUUGCUGCUCAGUCACUCUGCAAGUACAAUGCGAUGCAUUGAUCAACCGCUGCAUAGACUGCACCUUUGGACGAGCAACAUACGUGUGUUUCAUGGAAGAAAAUCUCAACUCUCUGGGCACUGCAUUAGAAGACUUGCAGGCGUUGAAGAAUGAUGUGAAGACCAGAGUUUACCUGGCUGAGGCACAACAACUGAAGCCAUUGGACCAAGUGCAGAGGUGGGUUUCAAGGGUUGAAGAGAUCCAAGUUGAGGUCAAUGAAUUGGUCAAAGAUAGAGAUAAACACCUUGAGAAAUUAUGCAUUGGAGGUUGCUGUUCUAAGAGCUGCAAGUUCAGCUACCAAUUCGGGAGGAAAGUGGCUGAAAAGUUGAAGCAAAUCAAUGAUUUGAAGAGAAGGACUUUUGAUAAGGUGGCUGGGGAGGCUGCCCCGGCGUCGGAGAAGAGACAGACGACUGAGAAAACUGUGGGGAUGGAAUCCAUGAUUGAUGUGGUCUGGAGGCAACUUGAAGAACCAAAAGUGGGAAUUGUUGGGUUAUAUGGAAUGGGAGGGGUGGGGAAGACUACUCUUCUGGACCAGAUCCACAACAAGUGCCUGGACACCCCGAACGAUUUCGAUCUUAUAAUCUGGAUAUAGGUUUCCAGGAACUUCAAGCUUGAUAAAAUUCAAAAUGAGAUUGGGAGAAAAAUUGGGUGGUUCAAUGAGAAAUGGAAGAACGAAGAGGGGCAGCAAAAAGCUGACGAGAUAUUCAGGGCCUUGAGUAGGAAAAAGUUUGUGUUGCUUUUGGAUGAUGUGUGGGAGCGUGUUGAUCUGAAAAAGGUUGGCGUUCCUAUCCCUGAUGAAACAAACUGGUCCAAAUUGAUCUUCACUACCCGGGAUGAGGAGGUAUGCAGCCAAAUGGGCGCUCACAAGAAAAAUAGAGUAAAAUGCUUGGCAAGCGAUGAAGCAUGGAAUCUGUUCAAGAAGAAUGUGAACGUCGCAGAAGACAUACUUUCUCUUGAUCCGGAAAUCCCUGACUUGGCUAAAAUCGUUGCUAAAAAGUGUGCCGGUUUGCCUCUUGCACUAAUCGUAGUUGGUCUGGCCAUGUCUUGCAAGAAGACAAGAAGAGAAUGGAAAGAUGCCAUUGAUGUUUUAAGGAAAUCUGCUUCAAAAUUUCAAGGUAUGGAAGAAGUUUUCCCUCGUCUCAAGCUUAGCUAUGACAAUUUAUCUAGCAAUGAAGUCAAAUCUUGUUUCUUGUAUUGUGCUUUAUUUCCGGAAGACUUUUCUAUUCAUAAGGAUGAGUUAAUAUAUAAAUGGAUGGCCGAGGAAAUAUUGAAGGAGUAUGCUGAUGUAGAUGGAGCUCUAAACAAGGGUUACUCUAUCAUUGGUAAACUUGUUCGUUCUUGUCUAUUGGAAGAUACAAGAGGCCACGUAAAAAUGCGCGAUGUGAUUCGUGAUAUGGCGUUGUGGUUAGCUUGUGAAUUGGAAGAAACAAAGGAUAAUUUUAUGGUUCAAGCAGGUUCACUUUUGACUGAAGUUCCAAAUGUUAAAAAAUGGGAAGGUGUGAAGAGGAUGUCAUUGAUGGCCAAUGACAUUGAGAAUCUUGAGAUAAUACCUUCAUGCCCCAGUCUACUUACCUUAUUGCUCAGUAAUAAUCGUUUGAAGAUGAUUAGCGAAGGUUUCUUCAACUCUAUGUGCAACCUACAAGUUUUGGACUUGUCGAAAAACAAGGAUAUAACCCAAUUGCCAUCAGGAAUUUCAGACUUGGUUUCACUGCAAUAUCUUGAUCUAUCAAAGACAAGCAUACAAAAUUUUCCAGUGGAAUUCAAGGCUUUGGUGAAGCUAAUAUAUUUGAACUUGGAGCACUCCAGCGAACUUGAGGUUAUUCCGCAUAAUGUAAUAGCGAGCUUCUCCAAACUGAGAGUUUUGAGACUAUAUAAAUGUGGUACUUGCAAAUUUAGUAUCCUUGUUGGGGAUAAUGAGCACCUGGGAAGUGAAUUGCAAUCUUUGAAGCACUUCGAUAUGUUGACCUUGACCAUACAAAGUGUUUCUGUUUUCGAAAAAAAUUUCACCUCCAACAAACUACUGAGCUGCACUCAAUUUCUAUGCCUUGAUGGUUUGAGCUUUCUUUAUAUAUCAUCACUGACGUAUAUGAAACGUCCACAUUUUCUUACCAUUAGUAGUUGUGAAAUUGUGGACUACAAAGUCUCAAGGCAAAGUUCCUUUGAACACCUACAAGAAGUGGAUAUACAUGAUUGCCCCAACUUGAGGGACUUGACGAGGCUAAUUUGUGCUCCAAAUCUCAAGAAACUGUCUGUACGUUCAUGUUCCAAUAUGAGAGAAGUAAUCCAACUUGAAAGACGGGAUGAAGUUGCGCAGCUAGAAGAGAUGAAUCACUUUGCAAAGCUUGAUGAAUUGAUAUUGAAAAGCCUACCGCAGCCAGAGGAUACCUUGCCUUUUACAUAUCUGAAGAGAAUCGAGGUCCUUGACUGUCAAAAUUUAAAGAAGCUUCCUCUCAACUUUAGCAAUGUUCCCAAACGAGAUCUUGUCAUUGCUGGAGAAGAAGACUGGUGGAAUAUGUUGAAAUGGGAGGAUGACGUUACUCGUAAUGCUUUUCAUCCCUGUUUUAGACCACACAAGUAA